UCUCGUUGUCUCGCUUGCUCUCUUGGCCUUCUUUGUGCUCUGCUCCAAAAUGUCGAUCAGCGAGAUAGCUUGCACUUACGCCGCUCUCAUCCUCCAUGAUGACGAAAUCUCAGUCACACUAGAGAAGAUCAAUACUUUGGUAAAAGCUGCGAAGGUGGAGGUUGAGUCUUACUGGAUGGCUCUAUUCGCUAAGCUAGUCGAGAAGAGAAACGUUGAAGAUCUCAUUCUUCAAAUUGAUGAAUGCAUUCCUAAUAUCUCAACACUCAUUGCCAACGUUGGUUCAGGUGGAGGCGGUGCUCCCGUCUCUACUGCCGCCGCUCCUGUAGUUGAGGAGAAGAAGGAAGAACCAAAGGAAGAAAGUGACGACGACAUGGGAAUGCCAGGUGGCCAUGGACCAUAUGGUUCCUUUCCAGCUGGCUAUAAUCCUAGCUCGGCUGCAGCAGCUGGGAACUCAACUGCUAAUGAGGAAAUUACUGCAUCCCAGUUCAAGGAAAAUAGUGUUUGCAGCACUGGUCAGCAGAGUGAAGGUCCAGCAGCCUGGAUUGCUGCACCAGAUCGGGACAUUUCUGGCUUGCCAUCCCCCCUCAAAGCUAGCAUUGUAGCUUUCACCCCAACAUAA